AAGGGCAUUUAAUUUCUAACAAAAGAGAGACCAUUAAUGCGGUUUCACGUAACCCAGUCCGGCAGCAAGCACUGAGUUUAGCAACAGUAACAGAUGGGGUUAAACAAGAUAAAGCUGCAAUCGAAAAUAAAAUCAAUUUAUUUUCUGAAUAAAUUGCUGCAGGCUUUCAGGAGCUCCAGGUCAACAGCAUCCAAUCAAGUCCAAUGGAAGCAACAUCUAGGGCAUCAAACAUAGGAAGAUCAGUCUCAAAUUCCAGGAAUGAUUACAGAAAGGAAUCGGACUCCUUAAGCAAAACAGAAAUUCUGGAAAAAUUAACUCAGGAUCUUCCAUCCAUCCCUAAUCCAUCUUCAAUAAUUGAGUCUCCAAGCCACGACAACCAUUCCAACUUAAUAAAUCCUGGAAAAAAUAUCGGAGAAACUAUCAAAGAUUGCCCUGCCCAAUCAAGCCUGCAAACGAUGCAAGAAUCUAUAAAGAUUUCAACAUCAGGCUUUCUUGAUGCUGCUAAGCAUUCAGCAGUUCUCUUUAAAGAUGAUAGUCAAUCUACAACCAAAGGGCACACUCAGAAGAAUCGAGCCAAAACAGGAUUCCACCAUGCAGAAUUAACAGCAACUCGUGGCGUCCUAAAAGCAAGAAAUUCUCGGAAAGUAAAAAACCUCAAAGUCAACAAAGAAAAAGGAUGUUUUAGUCUCGGCCUGGCCCAUUAAUCUCAAACCAAAAGCCGAAAAGGCAGAAGAUUUUCAUCUUCAUGGAUCUGACGCCACUUGAUUGCAAUAAUAUCCAGAAAGCGCACAGCAAGAUUCUAAGCGCGAUUCCUCUAGAAGCCCUAGUCGUGGUCGUUCUUUCUCAAAAAGCCGAAGCUGCAGUCGCAGCCACUCUCGUGCUCGGAGCAAGAGCCACAGAACCAAGCCUUUGCGCAAGUCACCUGCAAAGAUAAGAUCAAAUUCUCCUCCUCCUUCCCCCUCUGCAUCAAGGUUUUGCUCUUUGUCAGGGUAAAUUACAGUUGCCGAGUUGAUAUUGUGCCUAGAUGCUGAUGAAGACUCCUAUCAAAUUUAAGUCUAGUUGUGAAAAAAAUAUCUUUUGAAGUGCACCAAUCAUGCUGGAUUUCAUGGCUAAAGAUUGGAACCAUUUUACUCGUGAGUUGCUCCUUAUCUAUGGCGUGGAACCGCUAAAAGGACAAUAAAUUAUUUAUAAUGAAAACCAUUUCCGUUAAAUAUAAAAAUGGCACCAUCCACUACAUUGGGGGAUUUCAAUGCUGAUACGGUAGUAGGAACUUGUGUUAGAAUGCACUAGGUAGUAAUGAUUAGUUAAAAACAUGGUAAUUAAGUGGUGAAACGCGAUGCAAGGCACAAAGAGGGAUGACACCAGAACCCGAGUUAACAAUGGCGGGACUGAAGUGGGUGUGGUGUUAUGUCCUUGUACCGAAGUAGGGGGGACAAGUUGAUAAGUGGGCACGUGAAAUUGUCAACUCCAAACAGCGAAAUGUGGGAGGAACAUAAUUCUCCUUCCGUCAAGUCUCUUGUCACUCCUCUACCCUUUGAUGAUUGAUGACGAUUCCAUUGUGUGUGUGUGUGUGGUCGUGGAUCAGAUAAAUUUUAUCUUUUCUUUGUGGUAAUGCCAUACUUCGCGUAAACCUUUCUUCCGUAAGGAGAAAUUAAAACAAUUGACAAAGGCCAUAUGAUCCUAUAUUUUUAUAAUCAAUGUGUUGUGGUGAAAAUUAAUUUUGAUUGCACGUGCAAGUGACAACAUUCCACAAGGAGCCUUUCAUUCUCUUGAAUCUGUCGUGACAAUUCAAUAAAAUACAAUUUACCUUCUGUUAAGAUCCACUUAACCCAAAUUUAUUAUUAGUUUAUUUAAUAGGCCUAAUCCACACCUUAGUCCGUAAAGUAUACCCUUUUUUCAUUCUGGUCCACUUUAGUCCUAACAUUAUCAUACAUUCUCGGAUCAAUUCCUAAUGUUAGGGAAUGUGUAAUAACAUUAGGGGCUGAAGUGAGAAAAAUGUAUAGUUUAAGGACUAAAGUAGGGAUUAAGCCAAUUUAGUAAGAAGAUUGACGUUGUCUCAAAAAGAAAUAAUUAAAUAAAGGAAAAUCUACUGGACUAGAGAAAUCCUAGCUUAUUGUGUCAGUACUCAGCGCCCACAAACCACAUAUCAAAAGUAGCUUAUAUACAAGUAGGUUAAACCGUCGAAACAAAAUGCUACCUCCAUGCCGACGCUCUUUCACCGCCACCACUCAUGGUACCACCCAAGGCUGAUCUUCUAACUCAUUAUUUCCUAAAUCUGCCGUUCUUUUUUAUAUAUAAUAGAUAGAAAAUUGAAGACACCAGCGAUACCAGAUUCUUACCUCUUUUUUUUUUUUAUUUCCCAAUUUAAGCCAAUGACGGAAACGACGUCGCCGUUCUCGAAGCUCCCUGAGGACGUCGUUUUAAAUAUAUUUUCGAAGCUCGAAGAGGAUCUCGCUAGCUGGGCAAGUCUUGCUUGUGUCUGCACCAGAUUCUCUUCUCUGAUUCGUAAUACCUGCUUGAAGCUUAAAUGUUCCAAAACCAUACCCGCCGUUUCCGCCGACCUUCUCUCCUCUUCCUCCGCCCCACCCGGCGGUUGGGCUUCUCUUCAUAAGCUGUCUGUCUGCUGUCCAGGCCUCCUUCACGCCGGUGUCCUUCUUGACAACUCUGAUUUCGGCCUCGAACGCGAGCUCGGCCCUGACGAGAAUUAUCAAAGGCCAGCUCAUUCGCAUCUCUCGACGCCGUCCGCUGACCCUAAUUCAAGCAAAACGGAAUGUAAUUCCAAUCCGAACAUGGAAACGGACGUUCCCGGCUCCGAUUGUCCCUGGUCACUUUUCGAUGAUCUGUAUUUCGACACCGUUUAUAACGCGUCCGAUUCGAUGGACAGCUACCCGUCGGAAACUAUGGACACCGCGACGAUCAAAACGGGGCGUGAAUUUCCCGUUUGUAAAAGAAGGAAGAUUUCAAGAUCCCUAAGGUCCCAUUUAGCAACCGGCGUUCGGAACUUAAGCCGAGAACAAGGGAACAAGCUAUUGGCGAGCCGGUUCCGAGGUGAUUGCUUAUACAUUUGCGAUUGGCCUGGGUGCGUCCACACAGAGGAGAAGCGAAACUACAUGCUGUUCAGAGGGGUUUUCAAGAAUUUCAAGAAAUCCCGUGUGUGGAGGACUAUAAACGACGGGAACCGAAGCAAGAUCGAUCUGGACUGCGCGUUUUGCUCGUGCAAGGAGACGUGGGAUUUGCACUCUGCCUUCUGUCUGAGGCGGGUUUUCGGGUACCAUGACGAUGGGGAGCCAGUUGUUCGAGCUUUCGUCUGUGAGAAUGGACAUGUUUCUGGUGCUUGGACUGAUUUGCCUUUGUACACUUGAAUACCAAUUAUUUGCAGUUCAUCGAGACUAAAAGUAAGCUAUUUUUAUUUAUUGUAAUAAGAGGAAUUGGGUUUGAGAUAUAUUUAGUAUUAUUGGGUUUGAGAUAUGGAUUUAUAUAUAUAUAUAUAUAUAUGAUUCCUUAA